CAACGACGACGAGCGGCAACGGUGAAGAACCACAUCACAAUCACCACCAUCACCAUCAUCACGAACCAUGUCCUCUGUGGCCUCGCCUUCGACGGCGGACGGGUCCACCGCGGCGGAAUCGGAGCUGCUGACGCUCAAGCGAGCGGCGGAUGAAGCGAUUCAGCGGCUGACAGCAUCCCACACACAACAAAUCCAGGUACGAGGAAAGCAACUACGUGUGCUACAUCUCGCUGUUGACGAUCCGAGUAGUCCCGUGCUGUUCUUUGUGCACGGAUUCGGAGGCAGGCUCGAGCAGUGGGAACAGCAGUUUUCGUUCUUCUACAAGCGAGCAAACGUUGUCGCCGUCGAUCUCAUCGGUCAUGGAGGAAGCGCCGUUGUGGACGAGGUCGAAGCGUACUCGACACCAAGCAUAGUCGAUGACUUGAAAGUGAUCUUUGACCAGUAUCGAUGCAGGGACGGCCGCUUCAACGUGCUCAUCGGCCACUCUUAUGGUGCUUCUCUCAUCUGCAAGCUGUGGGCUGCAUCUGAAGCUGUUCGCUCGUCGACCUGUGGUGUUGUCUUCUGCGGAUCGACCCUGGCUGGGAUUGGGCAAGAGCUGCCACUGAAGGUGAUGGGGUGCCUGCCGUGCAUGGCACUGGAUGCGGUGCGCUGCCUCAUGAACUGGGGCGGCGCGUCGUCGUGGGCCGUGCAACAGUUUGUCGGGCCACAGGCCGACGACGACAUCCGCAGGAAGCAGUACAACGUCAACUGCAGCACCGCCACCUCGGUCCUCAUCAACACCGCCCGCGGCCUCUCCCUCGCCACCCCAGACGAAUACGCAGCCCUUGACUGCCCGGCCAUGCUGCUCGUUGGGUCUGAAGACAAAGUCACGCCGCCGCAGACGACGCAUCGCAUUUACACACAACUGCAGCGACCGCAUGGCCCAUACGAGAUACCGGGCGCAGGCCACAACCUCCUUGCAGAGGCGGCACAGCUGGUAAACGCCCUCCUCAACAAGUUCCUCAUCAGCAAAUGCAACCUCGCCUCCCUCACGGUUGAGGCUGACACGGACACGAACAUUGAUCAGAGCAAACCCAAGUGGGCCCUCAAGAACCACGCAAAGUGGAAGGCCACCCCGCCUGCCAGCGCCGUGAUCGGGCGCAGGCGCGGGUGCUGCGGUGGGUUUCGCGCGUGCAAGGUGCUGAGACAGGACGACGUUGACCACUCACCGGCCCACUUCAAGGAUGCGUAUCCAAACGUUGGGCUCAUCAUUGACAUCAGCAAGGAGACGCCACCAUAUCUACCGCCCUCUGGUGCACACCCAGAAUACAUCAAAGUGCCCACGGAGUCAAAGGUCAUCCCUGCGGACGAUCGCGUUCAGGCAUUCAUUGAAACCGCCGACGACUUUUGGCGAGCGCAUCCAGGCCAGGAAAUUGCGGUGCACUGCCACUAUGGCUACAACCGCACAGGAUAUGUCAUCUGCUGCUACUUAAUCGAACGGCUGGGUUUUACACCAGCGCAGGCCCUCGCUGAGUUUGCGACUUCAAGGCCGCCCGGUAUCAAGCAUCCCCACUUUCGGCACUCACUCGUCGCCAAGUACAACGGAGCUCUGUGAGCCAGCAGUGAGGCACGAAUACUGGCCACCAGAAGGUACAUCGUUCCCAUGCCGCUUGUGUUUGACCGGGUUAGAGGGCACGCUGAUUUGGGUGGUUAGUGAUGACUUUUGGUGCCUUUUUGAGUCGGUGGUUUAAGCAAGCUAUUAAGUGGCUGAAGUAAGGCAGAUGUAGUGAUUGUGUGUAUGAUCGUGUGUGUGUGUGCGAUCGUGUGUGUUUGUGAUUGUGUGGUUCCUCUGCAUCAGUACAUGGAAGUAAACGCGUUUGAGAUGACACAA